AUGAUGGACUCUUAUGAAUCAUUAAUAGAUGUGGAAUUUGAAAAUUUUAAUUUCAAUACAAAUAAUCUUUUACAAAUUAAUCCAGUUAAUAAAUAUAAUCUUACACUCCCAGAGGAAUUUUUAUUAAUAAUUUUAAAUAUAAAUGAAAAUAACUUUGUCUCUUCAAUACCUAUAACCAAUAAAGCUGUUUAUUUUGGUUUAGUAUCUCUUGGUGUUUUAGAAUUAAUGACACUUAAAAAACUUGGUAUACAAAGAGAAAUAAAAAAUGGAAAAAUAGGAGAAGUUCUCAUCUGUAAUUAUGAAGAAUGUUUCAAACAAUCAGGAAAUAUCCUUAGAGAACUCCUACAGACAGAUCAUUUUGACGCUAAUCCUCUCGCAAUACUAUGGGAUUUCAACAUCAUUCUUGAAGCUGUUUGUCAACAAAAUCUAUCAUUCAACUAUGGACCGAUCUCUGGUGAUGGAGAAUUUCAAAAACACUGA